GAACAAGCAACCAUUCCACCGCUGGAGGAAGUGGCUUCAUUUCAACGGGGAGAAUAAUGGCCGCCACCCUGCAACUCCUCCGUCUUCUCCGAGAACCAGGCGACAUUGGAGGGUCACCGACGUCUCUGUCGUCGGCCUGAAGCCACUCUUACCUCCCUGCUUCUUCCCGUGGCCUGGCUGCUUACCCACAAUGCACUGCCAGAGAGCUUCAUGUGUCUCGGACAGACCGAUGUAACCGCUUUUGUCUGACUUCACCAGUCGGUCCACAUCACAUAAACACAGCCUGAAGGUCCUGUCCUGGUUGAUCGUGUUCAUAUUCUUGUUGACAUCAUGUCUGGCUCAAGGGAUUUACCAGCCAUAGAGGAUUCUGGGAUGGGCGGGAUGAGGCUUCCCACCGGGAUGACCCGCCGAGCCUUCAGCUACGACGACAACCUGGAGGCCCCCAUGUCCACGCCGCCCCACGACAUCAGCAUCAACAACCUGUGGAGACGACCGCUCAUACCGGAGAGGAAGUUCACCCACCUGGCCGAGGAGGAUGAGAGCGGUGCGGUGAGUCAGUCUGCAGUGGUGGACAGCGCCCCCUCCAGGUCACCAGCUGUAGUGAAAGCCAAGGCCUCCUCUGUCAUCAUGAAUUCCCUCAUCACCAAGCAGACUCAGGAGAGCGUCUACAGGUUCGAGCAGAGGGCGGGGCUAACCGACACCAGCUACACUCCCCACAAAGGCCUCACCGCCGAGGAGACGAGGGUCCACCACCGCAUGCCUGAAUCCCUGCAGAAGCUUCAGAUUCAGAGCAUGGAGGCCAGAGAAGACCGACAGAGCUCCUCAGCUCAGUCCACUCCAUCCAACACUCCUCACAGCUCCCCUAAACAACAGCGCAGGGGCUGGUUCGGCAGCACCAGUUCAGAGGUCAGCGUCAGCUCCUCCAACAGCAGCGUGGAUCUGGGCGGAGCGGACUCGGCGGUGGAGCGUUGGGGCGUGUUUGGACCGCGGCCGCUCGUCCAGAAGUCGACCUCUGACCUGGGAUCAGAUCCAGCAACCUCCGCAGGCUUUGCGCUGCAGGCGUACCGCGGCGCCCAAAAGCCGACGCCCAUGGAGGUGAUGAAGUCGCAGGCCACGCGUCUCGCCGACAACACCGCCGCUCAGAAGGUGAACCCUCCCAAGAUGGAGAUCCCCACGGUGGAGGGACGACGACAGGGGGCGCGACCUCACAAGCUCAAACCCAGAGACAUGAACGUCCUCACACCCUCCGGCUUCUGAGAUGACCACGACAACCACCAUGACGACCACCGCAACUGUCUCCGACUCCUAAAUGUCCCAUGAAAUGUUCGGGACCACGUCUCAUCCAGUAACGUCGUCAUCAGCUCUGUUUUCUUACAACUUGGGUCUAUCUUUCGUAGUUUUGUACGUCAUUCCUGUUAGAAAUAUCAACAUUGUACUCAACACGGUAAUGGCUUGUCAACGAAUAUCGCGUUAGAAAAGCUGCAUGGUAAAAAUGCACUAAAUGGAUUAUGGAAAAUGACGAAUAAAUUCUAACAUAGCGAACGUUUAACUCACAUGACCGAUCAGCUGUUUCUGCUGUCGCCUCUCGACAGUUAAAACAAAUUCCUGAAUCUAUUUUUUCCGCUGAUUGAUCAACCCAGACGUCUCGUUUUGUUUCCGUUUCCCAAACCUCUACUUCUUCUACUCUUUUCUUUUUUUUUUCGGGCAGAUUACAGAUUAGUUGUCAACUAUUAAACUUAUCUACAACUUUUUUGAUAAUCAAUUCAUUAGAGUAUUUAAAAAAAACUCAGCUUCUUAAAUGUUGUAUAUUUUCUGAAUUAUUUCGUCCUCUGUGACAGUAAACUGAAUAUCGUUGAGUUGUGGAUUAAAAACAAGACGUUUGAGGACGUAAGUUUUCCUUUUUAAUAGACCAAAACAAUGAAAGUAAUCGUUAGUUUCAGCCCUACAGUUGAGUUUAAAUUGAUGGAAAUGCACCAGGUUAGCGUUUUGUUUUUUAGUGACAUUUAAACGUUAUCUUGACUUGAUCUAAAUGGAAAUGCGUUGACUGUCAUCUGAGAUGUUAGCGACCUUACGUAAAGGAAAAUCUGAAAAAGUUGUAAAUAGACUUAUUAAGCAGAAAAAAAUGUCAGUCACUUAAUGGGACCUUUUUUAAAGGGCAACUCCAACAUUCAGAUCAACAAUAAACGUUCCACCAUCGUCGGCAUAGAAACAAAACAUUUAUCACAACUUCCCUUCUCCGUCUUUGAGGCGUUUACUGUGUCGUUUGGAUGUCAAAAUCAUACUUUCCCUCAACCCUCAGCCUUCUCACUGUUACAGCUGCAGCAUGCUGGCAGUGGAGAGUCACCGGCUGAUCCAGAUGUUUUAGUGAAGAUGAUGGUGAUCCUUGUUUGAAAUGAUCCCCUGUAAAAAUGCACUUUAUUCCCACUAUAGGUGCUCGAUUCGCCCCUCGUGUUACACAUUCCUCCCGGAUGCAAGUCAAUGUGAGAGAACUUCCUCUUCCUCUGUGAUGAUAGUUUGUCUCUGAAACCCUUUUUGUCUUCUUAAAGGAGCAUUUCACUAAGCAGGGUGGGAAAAAGAAGUCUAAACAAUUCAUUAAGUGUAAUUUAAUAUGAAUCAAACCAACAGAACAAAAAGAAAAUCCAAGAAUAAUUGUACAAAAAAAAAAUUUGUCUCAGGAAAUCCUGCUCACUGAAACGUUCCACUUAUUUUUUUUUUUGUGUUGCAGAUGUUUUAAUUUAUACAUUGGUUUUUUUUAUACGCCACUGUAGCAACAGAUUUUGUUCAUUUUUGGGACCAGAAGUAAAACGUGUUUGUGUAAAAAAAAGAAAAGUAAGCUGAAUGAGGACUGAACUCACACACUGACACAUUUCAGGGUCAACUGGGAGAAAUUUUUAAAUGACCAAAAAAGAAGAAGCGUGCUUAAAGUCUCAGUUUAGUUUAGUUUCCAGUGUGUGAGUCAGUUUUCUACCGGUCAACGGUCAAUUAUGAAGUAUUCCAGAUGAGUUUUUGGUGCACAACAGCUGCUGUGUGCAAAUCGACUGAAGAGACAUUGUGUCAUUAAAAAGAAAAGGUGAUAUUUUUCUUUUUUUGUGCAAGGAAACGAUGAGAAAACAGACAUUUCUGCAGCGCUAGCUAAACGCUAAUAGAUAGCUUUUUCUGCAAGACGAUGUGAAUCUUUGUAGCGCUUAAUCAGAGCUAUGAUUUCACCUGUAAGAUGGAAUGAAGCACCUGGUGAUUGUUAUUAUUUGACUCUUAUUGAUUAUUGUGUUAUAUGACCCAAUAGUUGGAAGAACAAAUGUAAUUUGUCAUCUAAAACUCUGCAGUCAGAAGUUUUGUUGAAAAAUCCUGAACCCACUCUGCCCUGAUCGGCUGUAAAUAUUAAGUGGAUAUGACUGUUUCUGCUCAAAAAGUAAAGGUUUAUGUUUGCUGUGUGUUAAAAGUCUGACACUGUUCCCUUUAAAUAUCUCCCUGACUGAAGUAUCACAUCUGAAUCUGUGUGGUCGUGAGGUUUUUGGUUUAUCUGUUCAAUAUUUUUCCAGUUGCUGGCAAAGAGACAUUUUCCUUGGUUUAUACGGUCUCUGUACACUUUUAACAUUUCAGAAUAAAUGUUACGUUCUCAUCAGAAAGAGUCAGUGCUUUUUACAACAUAUUUUUCACACCAUCUCCACUCAGUCUGAUAAAGCAGGGCUGUUUAUUAUCAUUUAAUAUUAUUUCAGCCUCUAGAGAGCCUCAGUUCACCAAUAAAUAAAGAAUAAA